UCCCUUUUUUCCAUCUACUUUGGUGUGCUGUGCUGUCAUGUGUCUUUCACACAGUGAAACAAACACAUACACUCACUAAACCAACCUUAAGCUACAACAAAUCCAACCAACAUCAUCAAAAUAAUCUAAUCCAAGCUUCCUGCUUUUCUUAAUUUUCUCAUCAAAAUGGGGAUUGUUUCUCAGGAUGCCCUUAACCAACUCCAGGCUCUUGUAGAUCAAGUUGAGGAGCCACUUCAGAAAACGUUUCAGAAUGUUCAUCAAGGAUAUGUAAUCGAAACAUUGAUUCGGUUUCUAAAAGCUAGGGAAUGGAAUGCUUCAAAGGCUCAUAAAAUGUUGAUUGAGAGUUUGAACUGGAGAGUGUCGAAUGAGAUUGAUAAAAUAUUAACGAAACCAAUAAUCCCUCCAGAUUUGUACAGAGGUGUGCGCGAUUCUCAGCUCAUAGGAUUGUCAGGGUACUCAAGAGAGGGUCUUCCUGUCUUCGCAAUCGGUGUUGGACUUAGCACAUUCGACAAAGCAUCCGUCCAUUAUUAUGUUCAGUCUCACAUUCAAAUUAAUGAAUACCGUGAUCGUGUAGUCUUGCCUUCUGCGUCGAAGAAGCAUGAGCGCCCUAUUACUACAUGUGUAAAGGUUUUAGAUAUGACCGGACUGAAGCUAUCGGCUCUGAAUCAGAUUAAGCUGUUAACAAUAAUUUCAUCCAUUGAUGAUCUGAACUAUCCAGAGAAAACAAAUACGUAUUACAUCGUAAACGCUCCGUACAUAUUUUCAGGUUGUUGGAAGGUUGUGAAGCCUCUUUUACAAGAGAGGACUAGAAAAAAAGUGCAAGUCUUACAAGGUUGCGGGCGAGAUGAGCUGUUGAAGAUCAUGGAUUACGCGUCUCUACCGCAUUUCUGUAGAAAAGAAGGCUCGGGAUCGUCGAAACAUUCAGGAAGUGGGAGUGAAAAUUGUUAUUCGUUGGAUCACCCCUUCCAUCAAGAACUCUACAACUACAUCAAGGAACAAUCAAGAAUGGAAGCUAGGGGACCGAUCAAGCAGGGAUCUUUUCAUGUAGAAUUUCCUGAACCUGUGGCCGAGGAAGAAGCGAAUAUUGCCAAGACUAUAGAGUCAGAGUUACACAAGUUUGAGAACAACCAUGAGAAUGCUGAUUGAUGAUGAUGGUUAACAAUUUAUGAGUUAAAUAUCAACCGACGGUGUCGUUUCAAAUUCGGUUUUUUGUUGUUGUCAGUCCUAUACAUGUUGUUAAUCAUUUGAACCAAACCAGUGUAGUAGUACAGAAGGUUCCUAAUCAUUUAUCAGGAUUAUGUAAUAGUAGUAGUUAGCUUCAUAUUGUUAGGGGAUAGUUGAAAUAAAACUUACAAGAACUUUGCAAUGUGUCAUAAUGCUAGGUAUAAAUUAAUGUAAAAUAUGUUAUUUACUA